AGCCGGCACCAACAUGGCGGUGCAGGUAGGCGGAGAGCGGCUGUGCCAGGGGCAGCGGGGUAUGGCGCGGAGCCACAGUAGCUGAAGUGCCCGAGCUGCCGCUGGAGGCCGCGCUCCGCCACCGGGACCCCGGCCUGUGGCCGCGCCGGCUCAGGCCGCGGGGAAGGCCGGGCCGCCAGGACAUGGUGCAAGUCAGGCCGCGCCGCUACCACCGUUGAGCUCGCCGGCCGCUUCUGGGCUCGGACAUCGCAGCAGGAAGAUGUUUUCCGCCCUGAAGAAACUGGUGGGGUCGGAGCAGACCCCGGGCCGGGACAAGAACAUCCCCGCUGGGCUGCAGUCCAUGAACCAGGCGCUGCAGAGGCGCUUCGCCAAGGGGGUGCAGUACAACAUGAAGAUAGUGAUCCGGGGAGACAGGAACACGGGCAAGACGGCACUAUGGCACCGGCUCCAGGGCAAGGCCUUUGUGGAGGAGUACAUCCCCACGCAGGAGAUCCAGGUCACCAGCAUCCAUUGGAGCUACAAGACCACGGAUGACAUCGUGAAAGUCGAGGUCUGGGACGUGGUUGACAAAGGAAAAUGUAAAAAGCGAGGGGAUGGCUUGAAGAUGGAGAACGACCCCCAGGAGGUGGAGUCUGAGAUGGCCCUGGAUGCUGAGUUCCUGGACGUGUACAAGAACUGCAAUGGGGUGGUCAUGAUGUUCGACAUCACCAAGCAGUGGACGUUCAACUACAUCCUCCGGGAGCUGCCAAAAGUGCCGACCCACGUGCCAGUGUGCGUACUGGGGAAUUACCGGGACAUGGGCGAGCACCGGGUCAUCCUGCCAGACGAUGUGCGAGACUUCAUUGACAACCUGGACAGACCUCCAGGUUCCUCCUAUUUCCGCUACGCUGAGUCUUCCAUGAAGAACAGCUUUGGCCUAAAGUACCUUCACAAGUUCUUCAACAUUCCCUUUCUACAGCUCCAAAGGGAAACACUGUUGCGGCAGCUGGAGACCAACCAGCUGGACAUGGACGCCACACUGGAGGAGCUGUCGGUACAGCAGGAGACUGAGGACCAGAACUACAGCAUCUUCCUUGAGAUGAUGGAGGCUCGCAGCCGUGGCCAUGCAUCUCCACUGGCAGCCAAUGGGCAGAGCCCAUCCUCAGGCUCCCAGUCUCCAGUUGUGCCUCUGAGUGCUAUGUCCACAGGAAGCUCCAGCCCCAGCACACCCCAGCCUGCCCCACAGCUGCCCCCCUACGUCUUGUCAGCCUGCCCCCCGCCACCAACCCCUGUGGCCCCCUUGGAGGCCAGUGCCCAGCCCCCACGGCGGAGCAUCAUCUCACGGCUGUUUGGGGCCUCGCCGGCCACCCCUACAGCCCCUUCCCCUCCAGAGCCAGAGCCAGCCCCUAUGGCAGAGACUCCUGUGGAGGUCCAGAACGUGGAGGACUUUGUUCCUGAUGACCGCCUCGACCGCAGCUUCCUGGAGGACACCGCCCCCUCCGAGGAUGAGAAGAGAGCUGGAGCCAAGGCCCUGCGGCAGGACAGUGACAGCGAUGGGGAGGCUGUGGCAGGGAACCCUAUGGUAGCAGGCUUCCAGGACGAUGUUGACUUUGAAGACCAGCUACAUGGCAGACCCCUGGUGGCCUCAGGCCCUGUCCCCAGUAAAAACAUCACUCUCUCAAGCGAGGAGGAAGCAGAAGCUGCAGACCUCCCAGGAGCAGCUACCCUGGUCCCCCAGCAGUGCUCAGAGCCAGAGAUAAAAUGGUUGUCCACAAAGACCUCGAGGCCACAGAGUGGGGCAGCUCCCACAAAGGCUGAGGUACCCCCCUGGCCAGGAGGUCCUUCUGUGCACAUGGGUCCUCAGAAGGACAGCAGCACCAGGCCCCCUGCUGAGGGUUCCUCUCAUGGGGCAGAGGAAGGCAAGGCCGAGAAGGCAUCCUCCUCAGAGAGUGACCCUGAGGGGCCCAUUGCCGCACAGAUGUUGUCCUUUGUCCUGGAUGACCCCGACUUUGAAAGUGAAGAGUCAGACACACAGCGGAAGGGGGAAGAGUUCCCUGUGCGAGAUGACCUCUCUGACGCUACUGAGGAGGACAUGGGCCCUGCUCAGCCACCCCUGCCUCCUAAACCCCUCGUCCCUGCUGUCAGGCUGAAGAACAAGGAUGAUCUCUUCGGGCUAGGGCUGGAAGAGGCCAUCACCAAGGACAGCAGUGAUGAGGGCAAGGAAGGCAGGCCCUCCUCCAAGGAGAAGAGGAAGAAAAAGAAGAAAAGCAAGGAGGUAUGUGUCCCUCAGGCUAGUGGGCCUGGACGGGGUAGGGCCUGGGAGAGGGAUCUGGUCUCCAGGUUAGGCCCCUCUUGUGCCCCAGGAGGAAGAAAAGGCUGCAAAGAAGAAGAGCAAACACAAGAAGAGCAAGGACAAGGACAAAGAGGAGUGCAAGGAGGAGAGGAGGCGGAGGCGGAAGCCCCCACAUGGCAGGGAGAAGAAGGCUGAGGAUGAGCUGGAGGCCUUUCUGGGUGGCCACCACCCUGGGAGUGGGGACUAUGAGGCACUCUAGGACUUUGGCCCACGUACCCUAUGCUUGCUGCCAGCCAGGAGAGGCCUGUGCCAGGCCUUUGUGGUCAGCAGCCCCUGUGCCAGGCACAAGCCUACCCUGCAGGGAGGGAGGGGACAGCUGGGCUCAGCCAGUUUCAGUGAAUGACUGGCCCUCUCAGAGCAGAGCCACAGCCAGUCCCUAGUGUUUCUCAGGGAAUUGACUGAGGCAGAGGAGGGACCCAUCAGGGUCUGUUUACAGAGGCAGGGCAUCAGGCUGCUCAGCUCCUUGGGCGUCCACCACCCAGAGCCCACUCCUGGCUUGCCCUCCUGAGCUCACCCCAGGCCUCAGCAUGCCAACACCCGCUUCCAACCACCAGGCUAGGGCUGUGGACAGCCCCACAUGCCCCCAGGGCCCAGCCCUGAGCACAGGUGCACAGCCUCAAGGGAGGGUGUGACAGGUUGGUUAAGGGAGGCAAGCAGCACCAGAGGCCUCUCCUGGGAAGGGGCCUCCAGGGUCAGUUCCCACUGCGCCCCACCCUUGGGUGAGCCCACAGGCAGGAUUGGGGCUCCACAGACACUCCACCCAGACCAUAAAGCUCUCCUGUCUCACU